GAUAUGAUAUUACCAAAACAAGCGGUGUAAUAAAACGCAAGAAGAAGCAAGCGUGAAAUAAAUACAGGUGCGUCAAGACAAACAACCACUAAAUAGCAAGAAGAAAAGGUGUCAGAAUGAGAGGCUUUGCUCGAUACAAAUUGCAGCGAGCAGGAUUGUUGUCCAUCGCCUUCGUGUUAGGGAUGUUCUACCAAAGUUUAUUUCCCAAGGUGGUAAAGAGAAUCGCCAGUCAAAAACAAAUUCUAGGGUGGGAGGCGAUAACUGGACAAGUAAAAGUUACUAAGCAAGAAAAGAGGAACGUCACUAGAGCUCCACCUCGAACGAAAAUUCCGGAGAAGUUUCUAAUAGACGAGAUAGAUUUCUGUACAAAGCAGCAUCCAAAUCUGGACGUAAUAGCAUACGUCCACUCCUCCAUCAGCAAGGAUGACUUGAGAAAUGCCACCCGCACCACAUGGGCUAACGCCACAGCACAAGGUUUGGCCCUCAAGCUUGCAGCCGUGUUUGUAGUGGGACGACCCGAGACCGAAAAAGAGGCCAUGAUUGUGCGGGAGGAGAGUCAGCGGUACCACGACAUCAUCCAGAUUGACUACAAGGACGAGUACAGACUUCUCGCAUACAAGGCCUUGGCAUCUCUCAGCUGGAUUACACAGCACUGUCAGCAGGUGCCGUGGACUCUGCACUCUGAUGACGACAUUCUCAUCGACGUGUUCGGCUUGGCUAAGGUGCUGCAAAGUGUAGAUGCUAACUCAACGGAAAAAUUCCUGUGUCACUCAGGGACUGGUCCGGUUUUAAGGAAAGGCAAGUGGAGUGUAGACGAGGCAGAAUACCCUGCAUCGAAAUACCCAACUUACUGCGCGGGAGGCAUGUGGAUUCUACAAACCAAGCAAAUUCCCCGUCUCCUGGAGGCGUCCAAGGUGGCUCCUUUCAUAUGGGUGGACGAUGUUUAUGUAUGCGGUAUUUUGCGUACAUACGCUGGCAUUAAACAGCUGUAUUUAAACGAUAAAUAUACAUUUGAGUUCAAUAUUACUCAUCUUGGCAAGAAAUUUGCUUGGUUAUAUGCAGGAGCUCAAAGACAAAUGGGCUGGCAAGCAAUUCUUGAUUAUCAUAGAAAUAUAUCCGACCAAUUUCUCCUGUUACAAUAGGCUCUUCCUUGGUAAUAUACUUCUACAAGUAAAAUGAGAGAAUAGUGUGAUGCUCUGUAAAAUCAGUCACUAUUAUAAUAAGCUCGCAGGUUGAAUGGUGACCUCAUACAAACCAAGAUCCAUAGAUUACAAGUUCUGGCCACCUGGCGCCGUGGAGCGAAAGUAACAAGCAAAUAUGUGCUUGUAUAUUAUAUUCGAACUAGUUAUUUUGAUACGUUUCACUUGAUCACCAAUACUAAAAGUCAGCAGAUAAUAAGUAGGUGGUGUGUCACAUUUGGAUGAUAAUUUGCCAGUGAAUGGCGCAGGUGACAUUAUCAGCCAUUCACAAAUCCGUUUCUUUUCUCUCCAUGGCGGCCGGUGGUCAGACCUUGUAUUCUGCAAAUCUUGCACACACUAAAAUACAAAGUUUCGCAACGAUCUCUAGACUUUCUCGCAGUUGUCUUAAAAAGAUCUAGCAACAAAAGAGGAUGUGUAUUACCCGAUGUCACACAAUUAUACAUGGAAUAUGCCACGAAAGUCGCUCGACCACCAAACGGACAGUCCAGAAGCCGCAUUUUGUCCACCACCAAUUAAAGUGCU